AUGGCUCGCAGCGCCCUCUUCACUAUGGAGGACGCCAAGGCGGCCUUCAACCUCUUCUGCUGCGUCUACGGCAUUGGAACGCUUGGUAUGCCCGGCAACUUCUCGCGUGCCGGACCCGUGAUCGCGGUCAUCGCCAUGGCCUUCAUGGCCUUCGCCAAUACGUACUCCUCGGUCGCCAUUUGCCGUGUCAUGCUGCUCGCGCCUCGAUCGGUCAAGACCUACGGUGACCUCGGUGAAUGGUGCAUGGGCACGACCGGCCGCUACCUGACCGUCGUCUCGCAGAUGGCCAACUGCCUGCUUGUGCCUUGCGUCUUCCUGGUGCUGGGCGGCACUCUGCUCGACGGCCUCUUCCCGGGUGCCUUCAGCGGAUCGACGUGGAUCAUUCUCAUGGCACUUACGGUGUUGCCCGUGUGCCUGGUGCCGACUCUCAAGGAAGGAGCUGGCGCGGCCUUUGCUGGUUGCAUGGGCACCCUCGUUGCCGACGUCAUUGGUGUCUCUGUCGUCAUGUACGGCAUGCGCGGCCAUCCGAGCGUGCCUUCGCCCGACCUCAACUUCAAGCAGGUCGCAGGCGCCUUCGGCAACCUGGCCCUCGCGUACGGUGCGGGCAUCGUGAUUCCGGCGCUGCAGCGCCAGCACAGCGACCCCACUCGCAUGCCUCGUGUGGUGGGCGUGACCAUUGCUUUCAUCUCGUGCUGCUUCCUGGUGCUGGCCAGCACGGCCUACUCGUCUGUUGGCUGCCAGAUCUCGGGCAACCUGCUGUGGUCGAUCUACCCGGACUCGGAGACUGGCCUCACCACCCUGGGCUUCUCCUCGGACUGGGGUGCCGUUGUUCUCGCCUACCUCUUCAUGCAGCUGCACAUUACGAUCGCCUUCUCCGUCAUCGUGAACCCGGCGUUCUACAUCGCCGAGCGCGUUGUGCUUGGAAUGCACAAGUCUCCUGUUGCUGACGUCGAGAACAAUCUGAUGAGCUACGCUGAUGCUGCUACCCCGGCCGAUGGCGCCGAGCACUCCGAGAAGGAGUCACGCACUUCUAAGCGCUCUUUCAUUUCUGUCGCUGACAACGAGAACGCGCACUUUGGUGAUCCGGAGGCGGAGGCUGCUGAAUACCGCGGCGCCAAUGCCAUCAAGUACGUGGUUCUUCGUAUUGUGAUCGUCGUUAUCCAGGUGAUUGCUUCAGUGCUUCUGAAGGACCACUUCUCGGAUCUGUCGGACUUCGUUGGUGCCUCAUGCAUCACGGUCAACUCGAUUAUUUUGCCGAUCGUGUUCUUGCUGAAAAAGAAGUGGGGUGUGCUUCCAAUGUGGGAGAAGAUUCCUGCGCUGGCUGUGAUCGUUGUGUGCUUCUGCCUGGGCUGCUACGUGACCUACAUUUCGGGCAAGAACCUGUUUGCUCCCAGCGACGACGACACGUCUUUCCCAUUCUGCCCUCCAGAGUAUGAGAACACUGUGUACUACAACUACACGGCUGCUCACGAGAACUAG